AAUGAAUGAAUCGGCUGUUGACCUUUCAUUGUCAUAUGCGGAAAUUGGUUAAUUUUCAUGUUUUGAAUAAUUACAAUCCGAAAUACUUUCACAAGAUUUAUUAUAUUACGUAAAUAAUAUCAAAGUUUAUAUUCUACUUUGUAGGAGUACCGUGCAUUGAUACAUAGUGAAACAAGAAAAACUUGAUUUGUGACGCGUUAGGGCGUUGGUAAAGUUUUUACAAUUAAAAUUAUUUAAAAUGGAUCAGAGGGAGGAGUACCACGAUCCAGACUAUCCCGAGUUGCCGGCAGUAGUAAAAGAAGAAGAGCCAGAAGUGUCAGAAGAAGACAGAGUUGAUAAAAUCAAAUCUAUAAUUCGCCGGGAAUUUUCAAACGAGGUUGAACUAAGAGAAAACGAGUUAAUGCUCAUUGAACAAAGGAUAUCUACCUCCCGCCGAUUGCUCCAUCGACUCCGCUACACACUGGUGAUUAACUAUUAUAAUGAUCAGAAGUUGCAGCUUAAUAACACACAAAUUGAAGAUGAUGUAUCUCAGCUAGACCCUAGAGUAAAAAAUCAGAUGACACCAUUGCUGCGUGAUGGUCAGAGACGGAUACACCCUUCAGUGAGAAAGCUCCUUGGGCAGCAAACAGUCGAUCUCAAUGAAAUAUUCCUGGCACGCACUUUGAGGCACAAGACAAGGAGAGAUUAUUCUGCAAUGGUACAAACAAGGAAUUACACGAUCGCAGCUGACACUACAAAAUCCCUCCGUCCAGAGGCAAAACUCGACAUGGAGUUAGAAACUUCGGUGGAACUAGCGGAACCGAGCAGCAGUAAAAUUAAGAAAGUUCCAAGACAUUUGGAACCAAAAACAGAAAAAGUAGUCACAAUAGAUGACCCAACUAGAAACAAAGUGAAACAUCGGUACAGGUUCAUCAUAGGCAACACGUCCAAAUACGCUCCGGGCGCUAGUCGCGCGGACCGCUCCACUCACAAGUGGUUACUGUACGUGCGCGGCCCCCCCGACCGCCCCGACCCCUCCCCCGCGCUCACACAUAUAGUGGCGCGACUGCAUCAUUCUUACGCGCCGCAUCACACCGUGCGACUGUGUAAGGCUCCGUUUCAUAUAUCACGUCGCGGCUGGGGCGAGUUUCCAGCGAGACUCGAGUUACACUUCCCGUUGCCUGAAGUGAACCGGCCGGCCACAUUAGACCACACUAUCAAACUAGAUCGAAAUUAUACUGGCUUGCAGACUUUAGGCGCCGAGACAAUAGUCGACGUUUGGCUCUAUAGUACGCCUGAAAUGCUCGAAUAUGAGUACUUCGAUCCUAUUUCGAAUUCUAUCACUCAGUCAGAUGAUACUCAUCAACCACUAAAAGAAACACAAGAAGAAGAGAUCAUCACACCGAAGUCAGAACCUAUAGAGAAUGAUACAGGUGGACAGACGGACAGUUGGCUAGAUUUUUUCCGUAAAGAUACUACUGAAUUAGACGUAGACGAAAUGAUUAUAAAACCGGUAAAAACAGAAAUCGUUGCAGAGAAAGAUGUUUCACUAGACGCAAAUGUAAAUAAUGAAAAUGAAGACAAGACAAUAACUAAUGAAAUAGAUUGGUCAACGAACGAUUUUCAUAAUACACAACUCCCUGAUGAAUUAUCUCUACCGACCUCACCUAAAAAGAGAAUUAUGAAAUACAUAGAUUCAGCUACAGGGAAAAUAUACUAUUUAGAAAUGGACAGGAAUUUAGAUUUAAGUAAAGUACAAGAGAUCGUUAUAAAUAAUUCGCAAACAGCAAAAAUAAGUCCAAUCAAAUCAAAUGGACUGAAAAGUUUUAGGAAGAAAAAAAGUGGAGGUAUAUCUUUGCUCAAACCGGAAGUUAAGAACCAGUUAAAAAGUGAUAUUAAUAUUGUUAAGGAAAAACCAAUAGUUAAGAAUUUCAGUCAUAUAGAAAACGAUCACUGUUAUUUAGGUAACAGCUGGUAUUUCCAGCCAGUAAAUAAGGCAUUGCCAGAACAGAAACACAGUGUUGUUAGUGAAAUUAAAAAAGAGAGUUCUCUUUUCGAUGACUUGUGUUCGUCGAUACGUGCGUUCACAUGUGUGAGAGACGCCGUGUAUUAUUUAUUGAAAAAAAUAUCAAUUAUUACCGAUAUGGCGAGGGACAUGGACUUUGUUAGUAAUUUCCCUUUUGUUGUGGAAAAUGAAGAAAAAUAUUGGAAAUUCGAUUUCGCCAAAAGAAGAAACAUUGAGUGGUCAAGAGCUAAACUUAUUAACAGAAUGCUGACAGAUCACUUCCCGCAACCAGAGCAAAUAUGGAGAACGAAGCAAAUACUUGUAUUCUCAAGGUUAUACGGUUUCAAUCCAAUCAGACCGGAUCCUGUACAAAAACUACCAGAGUUGGAAGAGUGGUCAUCAUGGAAUGAUUUUGAAACUCCAAGAAGAUCAGAAUCAACUCAAGAAGCGAACCAGAGUUCUUCAGACAUUCGUUCUUUAUCAGUUUUCAAUAGUGCAGAGUUUUUAAACACUUCUCAAGUGUCUAUUGAGAGUUUAGAUUCGGAUGAAGAAGUAGAUGUGUUGCAGAGUGAUCCACCUGUUAAAGUCAAAAAGGAGGUAGUGUUAGAAGCUAGUGAUAGUGAAUUGACAGUGUUGCCAGUUGAGAGUGAGGAGGACAGACUAAGGUUUAUGUUCAUUGAGAAGAAAUGUGCAGACAUUGGUGUAGAGUUAAGAAAUGAAGACAUUGGGAAUGGUCAUUCAUACAGUGCGGUGCACGCGGUUCUUCUGUCCGCUGUCAAGAGUCUCGCGGAAGAGCUUUCGCGCGCCGCCCGCGCGGAACAACUACUCGCGCAUGAUACCCACCCCGCCACCGUGUGGACCGGGUCCCGCGCGGUGCAGAUACACUGUGCGAGUAUACAACGCGCGUGCGGGCGCGGCCGCCUGCGGGCACUCACCGCGCACGCGCUGGCCACCCAUCCCCCGCACGACCACCAAUCGCUCUAAAUAUACGCCUACCAACACU